AUGACCGACUCAAAUUCGUCGUUUCGCGACAUGAUACGCGCCAAGAACUCGGCCCCCAGCCAGGGGUGGCAGGGUCCGCGCACAAAGUGGUCCGGGACGCGUGACAACUCGUCGUCCUACGUCGACCCACACCCUGCACCUCCCUCCGGGCCCUCCAGCGCGAACCCAUACUCCUCGAGCGGACCGUACGCCUCAUCACACCAGCAGAACGUAGCAUCGGGGAUCAACGACGACGCUGGGCACUCGCGCUCCCGCGACGCCGGUUCGCGCUUCGCCGAGCGCUAUUCUGGCCAGCGCAAUCACCGUACGGACCCUCCUCCUGCCGAGCCCAAGAAGGGCGGCUGGAGUUCGUGGCUUGGUGGGAAUAAGUCUAGCGAACCCAAGCCGACAGAUUCUAGAGCCCAUGAACCAGAACAAAAGUCACACAGCCGGGGUUCGGAGGAGCGCCAGAUGCCCGACCGCCCGCGGCGUGGACGAUACAUUCCCCCCUCGGAGCGCAAGCCUGGCGACCCCAUGUUCGAGCCCGUCGCACCGCCUCCUAAACGCGGGCCACGUACCACCGACUCUGAUGAUGAGGACGAGCCGGACCCGAACGAUAACAGUUGGGGUGCGUGGGCGUCGCGGCAGACCAAGGCGGCCAACGUUAUGAUGCAGCAGGCCAGCGACAAGCUCAAUGAGGGAUGGGAUAGCGUCAACGACGCAAACAAGCGCGAUAAGGCGCUCACUAAUGUGGGCAACGGUGCAGUCAACGCCGCCGGCACAGCUGUCAAGUACACCGCCAAGGGUAUUUGGAACGUCGGCAAGGCCGCGAUGAAGUAG